AGACAUAUGACAUAUAUGAAAUGGCUUGUAGUCCUAAUGUUUAUGAAAGUGGAUAUGAAGAAUCGAGAAUUAAGACUGCUGUUGAUGAAAAUUUUUACUGUUCAAUUUGUCUGAAUGUAAUGAAAGAUGCCAGAAUGUGCCAUAAUCAACACAAUUUUUGUCGUAAAUGUAUUGAAGAACAUCUACGAGUUAAUCCACAAAGAUGUCCUCAAUGUCAAGAUGAUUUAACUGUAGCUACCCUUCAUCCAGCGCGUUUUAUAAAUAACGUGAUUUCAAAGUUAAAGAUCAACUGCGACUACGCCAGUCGUGGUUGUCCUGAAUUUAUAAAUGUCGAAUAUCUUGAAAGACAUGUUCAAAAUUGUGACUUUGCUCCAGUGUUGUGUUCUAAUGAACGUUGUGGUCUGGAAAUAAACAAACGAGACAAGAUUAAACAUGAAACUGAAUUAUGUGAAUACAGAAAGAUUGCUUCUCACGACUUUCGAGAGAUUAGCGAAAUGUUUCAACGAAGUUUUGAAAACAAAAUGGAAAUGCAAAUGAGCAACUUAAGCAGGAAAAUAGACGAAAAAUUUAUUGAAGUAAAAGAAUCAGUAAAAACAUUGACAUCUCAGUAUAAAAAAAUGAUGAAAUCUAGAAGAGAAGUAGAAAAUGUUCAACAAAAUCUUGCUAUAGUGACCAAAGAAAAGAUGGAAUCGAGGAAAGAAAUAAAAGAUGUUCAACAAAAUCUUUCUGCAGUGAUCAAAGAAAUGAUGGAAUUAAAGAAAGAAAUGAAAGAUAAUCAACAAAAUCUUGCUACUUUGACCAACGAAAUGAAAGAAAUUAAAACCGUGAUAUUUCAAAUGUUGGAAAAGAUGAAUAUAAAUGAACCACAUGUUCAAACAUUGACAUCACCAGUUGAAAUGGUGAUGAACUCUGUAAAAGGUGAUAUUUUCAUUGCUGGAAGUUACUCACGUGAUUCCUCAAAGAGUGUUGAAAUAUUUUUAUGGAUGGAGGAGAAAUGGUUUGAGAUUGCAUCAAUGGAAAAUGAACACUGUGCUGCUUCAUCAUUUGUUUAUAAUGAUAAUUUAUUUGUUGUAGGAGGAUUUCGCUGCAAAUCAAUGGAGACAUUGAAUAUAAAACAGUCACCUUUGACAUGGAGGAAAUUUUCCACAGAGCUUCCUUAUGGGUGUUGUGGUCAUCAAACUGUUGUUUGUAAACAACAAAUCCUUCUCAUUGGAGGAUACAUCUUUGGAAAAGGACAAUCAGAUUUGAUCACUGAAAUAAACAUUACUGGUAAAACAUCUCAUGUUGUUAAAGAGUUGUGUCAUAUGCCUGAACCACGUAGGGGCCAUGGAGCUCUUGUUGUUGAUGACAAAGUUCUUAUUUUUGGAGGAUAUGGAAAACAUACGAAAGUUUUAUCCAGUGUUUUGGAAUUUGAUCCAAGGACUCUUACAUUUAAAAAAAUGCCUCCAUUACCUCAUCCAUUGACUGAAAUGGCAACAGUUCAAUGGAGAGAUCAAGUUGUUCUUCUUGGAGGUUGUGAUGAUGAAAGAGAAAAAUUGAACAGUGUUAUCAUGUAUGACAUCAAAACAGGUAAGAUUACAGUCUUACCAUCCAUGUUGUAAAAGAGAGAAUGGUGUUGUGCAGUUAUAACAAGUGAUACAAUUGUUGUCAUGGGAGGU